UUCAAAACCCUAGCCCCCUUAUCACUCCCCCUCCUUUGAAUCUCUACAUAAACUCAACGAACACAAAGAAGAAUCACAUCACAACAUCAUCUCUCAAAACCUCUCUCCCUCUCUCGUGCAAACACCGACGACCGGCGUUUUUCCGGCCGUCCUCUCCGGCAUCGGUUCCGGCCGACCACGCACAGGUCCUUCUCGAUCCCCUCCGGCCACGCACAACCUGUUUCACUCUCCCUCUUGAUCCUCUUUGACUAACACACCGGCCGACACCCGGCCGUUCGUUUUUCCGACUAAGGGUUCUCCGACGAGAUACCCAAUCUGUUCUUUUUAAACCACCACAUCAAACCACCCUUUCCCCUCCAAUAACCGGCCGACCACCAUCAUAUGGUAGUGGCACACGGUGGCAGUUGCAUGAGAGAGAGAUCAGAGACGCGAUGAGAGAAGAGGCGACGCCAUUCGCGGCGGCGGCGGCGACAGCGGGGUCUCGACAGUCCGGCAACGACUCCAGCUUGGCUCCAACAGUUCAGGUCUUGAGUUUGGGCUCUAGUUUGGAUUGUUUGGCUCUGGCUCUGGUUCGGGUUUCGCAACACAGUCUCGGUUCAGAUUCGGUUCGAUUGGUUCAGAUUCGGUUCAGUCAGUUCAGAUUCGGAUCGAUUGGUUCAGAUCUGGUUCAGUCGAGUUUAAUCGGUUCGGUUCAUGUUACAGUCGGGUUCCCGUCGAAGGGUCACUAUCGGGUCAAACCUGGUCAAAGCUGGUCAGCCGAGGCCCCGGUGCAGUCUGGUUACGGGUUCAGGUCAUCGGGUUAAAACGAUACUUAGUAUUUUCACGACACAAAUAUUUCAAUUAUAUUAUAUUGUAUUUAAAUUUUGUUAUCGCAAAACCAAACUUUAUAUAAUUUGUAAAUUUAGAUGGAAAAUAUAUAGAAAAUUAUAUUGUGUA